AAAAAAGAUAAGAUAAAAGAUAAAUCAGUGAAAAAUGGUUAUUAAGUCAUUAAACAGAGAUCAGUCUAGUUCGGUUGAUGAAGAGAGUUUUCUUAAAGGAUUUUCGAUUGAUCAAUUGAUGGAAUUGUCUGGUCUGAGUGUUUCUCAAGUUAUUUAUGAUGUUCAUCCUUUAGAAAAAGGCUCUCGUAUUUUAGUUCUUGCAGGACCAGGGAAUAAUGGAGGAGAUGGACUUGUUGCAGCAAGACAUCUUUGGCAUUAUGGAUAUAUAUUGUCAGUUUAUUAUCCAAAGAAAGGCAAAAAAGAAUUAUUUGAAAGAUUGUGUUGUCAACUUAAUGAGUUAUCGAUUCCUUUUGUAAAUGAUAUUUCGUUAGCGAUGAAAGAAACAGAUCAUAUUAUUGAUGCGAUUUUUGGAUUUAACUUUUCAGGAGAAGUAAGGGAGCCAUUUAUCGAAGUGAUUGAAAUGCUUAAACAUACGAAAAUACCUAUUACAAGUAUAGAUAUACCGUCAGGUUGGGAUAUUGAAAAAAAUCCUUUUGAAAAUGAAGGAACUGAUCAAUGGAAUCCGACAUUUCUUGUUUCAUUAACAGCGCCAAAACCAUGCAGUCAAUAUUUUAAAGGACGACAUUUUAUUGGUGGAAGAUUUAUUACUCCUUCAAUCAUGAAAAAAUAUAAACUUAGUCCUAUAAAAUAUGAUGGUUAUAAACAAUAUGCCGAAAUUACUGGAAUUCCUAUUGAAAAUGAUUUCAAAUAAAGUUUUCGUUUUCUUCUGAAUAUCUGAGAAUGUUCAGAUAUU